CACUGUGAGACCUCAUCAUGGCGGGGAUUCCUUACAUGAUUGGUCCAGGUGGGCAGCCCUUCCUUAUUGGACAGGUGCCAAUCAUCCAACAAAUCCCACCCCCACAGCAGCCCAUGCCACACCCCAUCCCUCAUCCCAUGCCACAACAACCAAAGCAGCCAGAUUAUAUGUCAGAGGAUAAACUACAAGAGAAAGCUCGGAAAUGGCAACAGUUACAGUCCAAGAGGUACAGCGAGAAACGGAAGUUUGGGUUUGUGGAUGCCCAGAAAGAGGACAUGCCUCCAGAACAUGUGCGGAAAAUAAUCCGAGACCAUGGAGACAUGACGAACCGAAAGUUCCGACAUGAUAAACGCGUGUAUUUAGGAGCGCUGAAGUACAUGCCACACGCAGUAAUGAAGCUGAUGGAGAACAUGCCCAUGCCGUGGGAGCAGAUCCGAGACGUCCGUGUUCUCUACCACAUCACAGGGGCCAUCACCUUUGUCAACGAAAUCCCCUGGGUGGUGGAACCUAUCUACAUCGCACAGUGGGGAUCAAUGUGGAUCAUGAUGAGGCGUGAGAAGCGCGAUCGUCGUCACUUCAAGCGGAUGAGGUUCCCUCCCUUUGAUGAUGAGGAACCUCCGCUGGAUUACGCUGAUAACGUUUUGGAUGUAGAGCCUCUGGAAGCCAUACAGAUGGAACUGGACCCGGACGAAGACAAAGCUGUGGUGGAUUGGCUGUACGACCACAAACCACUGCAGGACACAAAGUACGUGAAUGGGUCGACAUACAGGAAGUGGAACCUGACUUUGCCCAUCAUGUCUGUGCUGUACCGCCUGGCCAAUCAGCUGCUGACGGAUCUAGUAGACAACAACUACUUCUACCUGUUUGACCUUAAGUCCUUCUUCACAGCCAAGGCCCUCAACAUGGCCAUACCUGGAGGACCCAAGUUUGAGCCGCUGGUCAAAGACAAAGAAAUGCAGGAUGAAGAUUGGAAUGAGUUCAACGACAUCAACAAGAUCAUCAUUCGUCAGCCAAUCAGAACAGAGUACAGGAUUGCCUUCCCAUACCUGUACAACAAUAUGCCGUACAAAGUGCACUUGUCUUGGUACCACACCCCAAAUGUUGUGUACAUUAAAACGGAAGACCCAGAUCUGCCUGCCUUCUACUUUGAUCCUCUCAUCAACCCGAUCUCCCACAGACAUACUGUCAAGGGUGCUGAGCCGCUACCUGAUGAUGAUGAAGAGUUUGAGUUGCCAGAGUCCGUGCAGCCUUUCAUGCAGGACACCCCUCUCUACACAGACAACACAGCCAAUGGUAUUGCUUUGUUGUGGGCUCCACGACCUUUCAACCUCAGGUCAGGAAGGUCAAGAAGAGCCAUUGACAUUCCAUUGGUCAAAUCCUGGUACCGUGAGCAUUGCCCAGCAGCCAUGCCCGUCAAAGUGCGAGUCUCUUAUCAGAAACUCCUGAAGUACUAUGUCCUUAAUGCUCUCAAACACAAACCUCCCAAGGCACAGAAAAAGAGAUAUCUGUUCCGAUCCUUCAAAGCCACCAAGUUUUUCCAGACAACUCAACUCGACUGGGUGGAGGUUGGUUUACAGGUGUGUCGUCAGGGUUACAACAUGUUAAAUCUGCUGAUCCAUCGCAAAAAUCUCAACUACCUUCAUCUGGAUUACAACUUCAACCUGAAACCUGUCAAGACACUCACAACAAAGGAAAGAAAAAAGUCUCGAUUUGGGAAUGCCUUCCACUUGUGUCGUGAGAUUCUGAGGUUGACAAAAUUGGUGAUUGACAGCCAUGUACAGUACAGAUUAGGCAAUGUGGAUGCCUUCCAGCUCGCUGAUGGUAUCCAGUACAUCUUUGCCCACGUGGGUCAGUUGACGGGAAUGUACAGGUACAAGUACAAACUAAUGAGACAGAUCAGGAUGUGUAAAGAUAUCAAACAUCUCAUUUACUACCGCUUCAACACAGGUCCUGUAGGUAAAGGUCCAGGCUGUGGGAUCUGGGCGGCAGGCUGGCGGGUGUGGCUCUUCUUCAUGAGGGGUAUUACUCCCCUCCUGGAGCGCUGGCUCGGGAAUCUCCUGUCCCGACAGUUUGAGGGAAGACACUCCAAAGGCGUAGCGAAGACAGUCACCAAGCAGAGGGUGGAGAGUCACUACGACCUUGAACUCAGGGCAGCUGUGAUGCAUGACAUUCUGGACAUGAUGCCUGAGGGUAUCAAACAGAACAAAGCCAGGACCAUUCUACAGCACCUGAGCGAGGCUUGGAGAUGCUGGAAGGCCAACAUCCCGUGGAAGGUUCCUGGCUUACCUAUCCCCAUUGAGAACAUGAUCCUGAGGUUUGUGAAGGCCAAGGCUGACUGGUGGACCAACACAGCCCACUACAACAGGGAGAGAAUCAGGAGGGGAGCCACGGUUGACAAGACGGUGUGUAAGAAGAACCUUGGCAGAUUGACAAGACUCUACUUGAAGUCUGAGCAGGAGAGACAGCACAAUUACCUGAAGGAUGGUCCUUACAUCACAGCUGAAGAAGCCGUGGCCAUUUAUACCACGACUGUUCAUUGGCUGGAGAGCAGGAGAUUCUCACCAAUCCCAUUUCCGCCUCUGUCCUACAAACACGACACCAAGCUGCUGAUCCUGGCUCUGGAGAGGUUAAAAGAGGCAUACAGUGUGAAGAGCCGACUGAACCAGUCUCAGAGAGAGGAGUUGGGUUUGAUAGAGCAGGCGUACGACAAUCCUCAUGAGGCUCUGUCCAGGAUCAAACGUCAUCUCCUCACACAGAGAGCCUUCAAAGAGGUGGGCAUUGAGUUCAUGGACCUGUACAGCCACUUAGUGCCUGUGUAUGAUGUGGAGCCUCUGGAGAAGAUCACCGAUGCUUACCUGGACCAGUACCUGUGGUAUGAGGCAGACAAACGCCGUCUCUUCCCACCCUGGAUCAAACCCUCAGACUCAGAGCCCCCCCCACUCCUCGUCUACAAGUGGUGUCAAGGUAUCAACAACCUACAGGAUGUGUGGGACACAAGUGAGGGUGAAUGCAACGUCAUGCUGGAGUCCAAGUACGAGAAGAUGUACGAGAAGAUUGACCUGACCCUCCUCAACAGGCUGCUGCGACUCAUCGUCGAUCACAAUAUCGCUGAUUACAUGACAGCCAAAAACAACGUCGUCAUCAACUACAAGGACAUGAACCACACCAACUCGUACGGGAUAAUCCGAGGCUUGCAAUUCGCCUCAUUUGUUGUCCAGUUCUAUGGGUUAGUGAUGGACUUGCUGGUGUUAGGUCUGAACAGAGCCAGCGAGAUGUCUGGGCCUCCCCAGAUGCCUAACGACUUUCUCACCUUUCAGGAUGUGGCCACAGAGUCUGCGCAUCCCAUUCGACUCUACUCCCGCUAUAUUGACAGGAUCCACAUGUUCUUCAGGUUUUCAGCAGAGGAUGCCCGUGACCUGAUCCAACGUUACCUCACUGAACACCCCGACCCUAACAAUGAAAACAUCGUGGGCUACAACAACAAAAAGUGCUGGCCUCGUGACUCUCGCAUGAGGCUGAUGAAACAUGAUGUCAAUCUUGGACGUGCUGUGUUUUGGGACAUCAAGAACCGGCUGCCUCGCUCGGUGACAACCAUCCAAUGGGAAAACAGCUUUGUGUCGGUGUACAGUAAGGACAACCCUAACCUGUUGUUUAACAUGUGCGGUUUUGAGUGCCGUAUCUUACCCAAGAUCCGAACAAUGCAUGAAGAGUUCACACACAGGGAUGGGGUCUGGAACCUUCAGAACGAGGUAACCAAGGAGAGAACGGCCCAGUGUUUCCUCCGUGUGGACGACGAGUCUAUGGGACGAUUUCACAACCGUGUGCGACAGAUUCUCAUGGCCUCUGGAUCCACCACAUUCACCAAGAUCGUGAACAAAUGGAACACAGCUCUGAUUGGCCUGAUGACAUACUUCCGCGAGGCGGUGGUUAACACCCAAGACCUGCUCGAUCUUCUCGUCAAGUGUGAGAACAAAAUCCAAACCAGGAUCAAGAUUGGCCUCAACUCUAAGAUGCCCAGUCGUUUCCCUCCUGUGGUAUUCUACACGCCCAAGGAGCUGGGAGGACUGGGCAUGUUGUCUAUGGGUCAUGUGCUCAUCCCGCAGUCGGACUUACGCUGGUCGAAACAGACAGACGUGGGCAUCACUCAUUUCAGGUCUGGCAUGAGCCAUGACGAGGAUCAGCUGAUUCCUAAUCUCUACAGGUACAUCAUGCCGUGGGAGAGUGAGUUCAUCGACUCUCAGAGGGUCUGGGCUGAGUACGCCCUGAAGAGACAGGAGGCCAACGCCCAGAACAGGCGCCUGACCCUAGAGGACCUUGAAGACAGUUGGGACAGAGGAAUCCCUCGUAUCAACACCCUGUUCCAGAAGGAUCGCCAUACCCUGGCCUAUGACAAGGGCUGGAGGGUACGCACAGACUUCAAACAGUACCAGGUGUUGAAGCAGAAUCCGUUUUGGUGGACUCACCAGCGCCAUGACGGCAAGCUUUGGAAUCUGAACAACUACCGUACGGACAUGAUACAGGCCCUGGGAGGUGUGGAGGGAAUCCUGGAACACACUCUGUUCAAGGGCACCUACUUCCCCACAUGGGAGGGUCUGUUCUGGGAGAAGGCAAGUGGAUUUGAGGAGUCCAUGAAGUACAAGAAACUGACCAAUGCGCAGAGAUCCGGUCUGAACCAGAUCCCCAACCGCCGCUUCACCCUGUGGUGGUCACCCACUAUCAACAGAGCUAAUGUGUAUGUGGGUUUCCAGGUGCAACUUGAUCUUACAGGGAUCUUCAUGCACGGGAAGAUCCCCACCCUGAAGAUCUCCCUGAUACAGAUCUUCCGUGCCCAUUUGUGGCAGAAGAUCCACGAGAGUGUGGUCAUGGAUCUUUGUCAGGUUUUUGACCAGGAAUUAGAUGCUUUGGAGAUCGAAACCGUCCAGAAAGAGACCAUCCAUCCGAGGAAGUCGUACAAGAUGAACAGCUCGUGUGCUGACAUCCUCUUGUUUGCUGCCUACAAGUGGAAUGUCUCCAGGCCUUCCCUGCUUGCAGACUCUAAGGAUGUGAUGGACAGUGCUACCACACAGAAGUACUGGAUCGAUGUCCAGCUAAGGUGGGGUGACUAUGACUCGCACGACAUCGAGCGCUACGCCCGGGCCAAGUUCCUGGACUACACCACAGAUAACAUGAGUAUCUACCCCUCCCCCACGGGGGUGCUGAUUGCCAUUGACCUGGCCUAUAACUUACACAGUGCUUUUGGAAACUGGUUCCCAGGAUGUAAGCCACUCAUCCAGCAGGCUAUGGCCAAAAUCAUGAAGGCUAACCCUGCCCUCUAUGUGCUAAGGGAGAGAAUUCGUAAGGGGCUGCAACUCUACUCCUCUGAGCCCACUGAGCCUUACUUGAGUUCCCAGAACUAUGGAGAGCUCUUCUCUAACCAGAUCAUCUGGUUUGUGGAUGACACCAAUGUGUACAGGGUCACUAUACAUAAGACGUUUGAGGGUAACUUGACAACGAAGCCUAUCAACGGAGCCAUCUUCAUCUUCAACCCGCGGACAGGCCAGCUUUUCCUGAAAAUCAUUCACACAUCUGUCUGGGCCGGCCAGAAACGUCUGGGACAGUUGGCUAAGUGGAAGACAGCUGAGGAAGUAGCCGCUCUGAUUCGCUCCCUGCCCGUGGAGGAACAGCCCAAACAGAUCAUCGUGACCCGCAAGGGUAUGCUGGACCCUCUGGAAGUCCAUCUGCUGGAUUUCCCUAAUAUCGUCAUCAAGGGGAGUGAACUGCAAUUGCCAUUCCAAGCAUGUCUGAAGGUGGAGAAGUUCGGAGACCUGAUCCUGAAGGCCACAGAACCUCAGAUGGUCCUGUUCAACCUGUACGAUGAUUGGCUGAAAACCAUCUCUUCAUACACUGCAUUUUCUCGCCUGAUCUUAAUCUUGCGAGCCCUCCACGUGAAUAAUGACCGGACGAAGGUCGUGCUUAAGCCUGACAAGACGACGAUCACGGAGGCUCAUCACAUCUGGCCGUCGCUGUCAGACGAGGAGUGGAUGAAGGUUGAAAUGAGGCUCAAGGAUCUGAUCCUCGCAGACUACGGAAAGAAAAACAACGUGAAUGUAGCCUCUCUGACCCAGUCAGAAAUCCGUGACAUCAUCCUGGGUAUGGAAAUCUCCGCGCCCUCCGCACAGAGACAACAGAUUGCUGAGAUUGAGAAACAGACCAAGGAACAGUCACAGCUCACUGCAACAACAACACGGACUGUUAAUAAGCACGGAGACGAGAUCAUCACCUCGACGACCAGCAAUUACGAGACCCAGACGUUCGCCUCCAAGACAGAGUGGCGCGUGAGAGCGAUUUCGGCCACAAAUCUUCACCUGAGAACUAAUCAUAUUUAUGUAUCGUCUGACGACAUCAAAGAGACUGGAUAUACCUACAUUCUGCCAAAGAACAUCCUCAAGAAAUUUAUUAUCAUAUCAGACUUGAGAGCUCAGAUUGCCGGUUACCUGUAUGGAGUUAGCCCCCCUGACAACCCACAGGUGAAGGAGAUCAGGUGUAUUGUGAUGGCGCCUCAGUGGGGGACCCACCAAACUGUCCACCUGCCCAAUAUCCUACCCGAACACGAGUACCUCAAGGAGAUGGAACCCCUAGGCUGGGUACACACUCAACCCAAUGAGCUACCCCAGCUCUCCCCGCAGGACAUCACUACCCAUGCUAAAAUCAUGUCUGACAACCCUGUGUGGGACGGGGAGAAGACAGUCAUCAUCACCUGCAGCUUCACCCCAGGUUCCUGCUCUCUCACUGCCUACAAGCUCACCCCAUCUGGGUACGAGUGGGGCCGACAGAACACAGACAAGGGUAACAACCCCAAAGGUUACCUCCCUUCCCACUACGAAAAGGUGCAGAUGCUGUUGUCUGAUCGUUUCCUGGGCUUCUUCAUGGUCCCGGCCCAGAGUUCCUGGAAUUACAACUUUAUGGGUGUGCGUCAUGACCCCAAUAUGAAGUAUGAGCUCAUGCUGGCCAACCCUAAGGAGUUUUACCAUGAGGUUCAUCGACCUUCGCACUUCCUCAACUUUGCCGCCAUGGAGGAGGCGGACAACAUGGGUGCUGAUCGUGAAGAUUUGUUCGUGUGAUCGGUGGCAAAUCAUGCCACAGCUGCCAUCUUGGGCAAAGGAUUUUUUGGGGGGGUGAUAAGCGAUACAUCAUUCCACUGCCGACAUCUUCGUUGGAUUAUAUCCCUUAGCCACCAUCUUGAUCGAAGAACAUUUCUGUUUGUGCUUGGAAGACAUUAAUGUACAUGCUGUCAUUAUGUGUUUUGUGACAAACACAUAUCGUUGAUAAUAUUUAAUGGGAGACUCGACCUCGAACUACACAGAAGGUCCAUGUGACAGUAGUGUACUUCAUAUAUGUUUUAUGAGCAAACAUACACCGAUAACUGUGACAUAAUAAAGAGAAGAAUUAAUGAGUUCACAGCUUUGGGGUGUCUUGGUACAAGCCGGAAGGAGUUUUACAAGUUGCCCAUUGAUAUGUUUUUUGAUAAAUUGAUGUGGACCUUGAAUUUUGGGUCAGUUUUCAACAAUUCCGUUUUGUUUUGAAAUAUUCACCUUUGAAGAUUGACAUCCUCUUCCAUGGUAGACAUGGGAAGAGUUCGGAGGUGAAAAUUGGAAGAGAUUUGUCCCAUAUGUACAUAAUAAAAAUACUGCAGUCUAUCUAUUAAA